AAAAGAAAACGCUAACCCCAAAAUAAUUCUAACAAAAGGUUUCUCAGCAGUUUUUUGUAGCAUUAGGUGUUCUCAAUAACAUACUAAAAGUUGACCAAAGAUUGACCACUAGAAAGCGUCCAAGAUGGGCAGGAAGCCCUGACCCUAACUCCUUCAUUAUUUGACCUAGCCAUGUAAUCUUGGUGUCUAACCCCAUGUUUACUGGGUCAAUGAAUCCAUUGGACUAAAAUGCACUGACAUGAUUAGAAAAAGGUCAAAAACCAGCCGGCUGUGGCUUAACUAUCAGAAGAUGCCGGAGACAGCCCAAGCUCUGAUCAAAGCAGAUCGUACAGGAUCUUGGAAGAUGCACUUGCGCGCAAUGUUGGACUGUCUGCCAAUAUUUUCCGCCGCAGAGCACGGCAACUAUCUGAAAUCGGCAUAUUUCUACCUCCAAGAAAUGUGCCAACUCGAAACCAGACACCCUCAUGUACAUGACAAGUUUUCCAGGGGUUUCCAUGUGAUCCGCCGCAGCAACCAGGACUGGCAGGCCUUAGCUCUGACCUUGUCCUCAAGCAGACAUUGAUGCGAUCCUUAAAAAGCAGUGGAGGUUUGACCCAUGGAAGUGGAAUGACUGAGGAAAUGCAAGCAUUGUGGACCAUGUCUACACCCAUCACAUCGGAAUACAACAACGCCAUGCAGGAAUUCAAUGACCUCACCAACACGAGCAGCACAUAGAAUCCUCAGAAGCAAGGAUGAAUAGAGACCACUCUGAUUUAGAAAAGAUCUGGGAAAAGCUUAGCAUUUGCACACCAUUCUCUCCAGACCCAUCUCUGAGAAACAUUGUAACUGGUGUUGCCAAAGAGGAGGUGAAUGUGCCGAAACCUAUCAACACGCGUUGUCCACUGGAGAGUAGAUAACACCUGCCGAAAUAAAGUUCCACCUUUAUGUCUAACGUCACUUUAUGGCCCCAUACAAGUUAUAUAUUACGGAUCACUGUUCAGUCGUCCUCCACAAACCACUGAGCUGUCAAGGAGAGCCGAGAUGAGUGCGGUUCCAAGUCCCCCGACCCUGAGGGCCCGACUGGAGACCUUCGAGUGCCACUUCACGUGGAACCUGAACAGCCAAAGAAAGGACCUUUUCCUUCUCCGGGACAUACUGGAGGACAUCGGCGCCGAGGACGGCAACCUCUGGCGGGGACACAUCUACAACCUGCAGGCCUACGUCCACUUCCUCCUGGCCUCUGAAGAGGAGACCCCAGGCUCCACCAUGAGCGACGCCCUGCGCUGCUUCGGCCAGGCGGGGGAGGCCUUCCGGCAGGUGAGGAACCCCGUGGCGGACGACGGUCCCUGGCUGCUGGUCAACUACGGCAACCUGGCCUGGCUGCACUACCACCGGGAGGAGUGGUCCGAGAGCCUCGCGUACUUGGGCAAGGCGGAGGCACUGCUGCGAGAAUACCCGUCUCCGAUACAGGGGCAGCCCCAUCAGGUGGUCCUGGCCGAGAAAGCAUGGACCCUCAUGAACUUCGGCCAGGCCGGCAAACGCAGUGCGGUGGAGCUCUUCGGGAAAGCCAUCGAGGUGCAACCAGCAGGCCCCGUUGAGUGGACCACCAGCCAUGCGUUGGCCUUGGCGACGUCUUCUCCUCCAUACACCUCGUCACCAGAGCAGGAGGCGGACAUCUUGGAGACCCUGAGAUGCGCCGUUGAAGGCGAUCCAGACAACUUGUACAUUGCUGUGGUGUACCUUGGGAGACGCGCCAUGACCGACAGCACAGGGAUCGCAGAGCGAGCCCGUGAGCUGACCGAGGAGGUGCUGAAAAGAUCCCAGACCAGCUACAGCGGGAUCCGACCCUUGCUGAGAGUCUACAGUGAGCACGUGUCCCUUGAUGAGGCCAUCGACGUGGCGAAAGAGGCUCUAGAGAGGCAUCCGACCAAUCGGCACCUCAAAUACGGCCUGGCAAACUGCUACAAGUGGAAGAUCUUCUCAGACAGGGACAGGGACAGUCCCUUGAUCGAGGACCUGAGGAGUCGAGCCAUCGGUCUCUAUGAGGAGCUGUGCAGCCUGUAUCCUCAUUCUUUCCUAUUGGGGAGGAUCGCCCUGGCGAGUUUAUACGCACAGUCAAGGAAUCCUGACAACAUGGAAGCUGACAAGAUAUUUAGGGAUUUGUUGGAAAUUGAUUUAGAGCCAGCCCAGCGGCAAAUACUUUAUAACAAAUAUGCAAAAUUCCUCCACUUCAGCCUUCAAGACCGACGGAGGUCAAUAGAUUAUCUCAUGAAGGCAGCAGAAAUACUGCAUUCCUCCAGGUUUCGGAGAGAGAGCAUAGACAUUCUGACCCAGAUUAUGAAUAGAAGGAUGGACCGAAUGUCUGGUGAAAUUGAGGACUUUCUGGCCCAACUAACCUUGUAGCUUAGCACACAAUAAAAAAAAAUCACAUGUUACAUAAUUAGACAAAAUCCUUUAUUUAUUAAAUAUGGCACCAACUUUCGGAUGUCUUUCAGUGUUGAAAUCUGCCAUACAAUGGAAGAAUGAUUACAAAGCGCAUAUUUUGUAAUCACCAAGGACUUUUUGGUGAUUACAAAAUAGUUUUAUUUAAGACUGAAAAAAAUACAAUUAGGCGAAUGAAUAUUCGUAAUGCCUCUUAUCUCAAUUGUUUUAUGUUUUUCAAAAAGUUAGAUUGUCCAGAGGGAGGAGGAAUGGACUGAACUGGGUGGGGAUCCUCCACCUCCACUCACCAUUGGCUAUCGGGUCAAAGUUCCUUGCAAACGUGACACGUUAUGGAAUGGCAUUUCCCUGUUUAUUUUGAAGUCUCAAUAAGAAUGAAAAAAGAGACAGAACACGCUAAAUUAAAAUAAUACGUAGAAAGACAGAAUGGACUAGUCGUUUCCUCUUCGGCUCUUCUUGUGACUUUUCUUUGAACUCCUGCUAUGGGAAACAGGUUGGAUUUAGUAAUUUAAUCACGAAUGUUACGAUUUGGGCUUUUUGUUGAUUGCUUAUCAAGACAUGUUAUUGCUGAGAAAUGAACAGCGAUGAAUAAACAAAAACAGUGGUAUCCUGA